UAUCGGCGGUCAGUUUGUUCGGUACGUCUGCCAGAGUCGUACACGUGCGCGAAAACGUAUCCGAAAUCUCGCCGGGCUGCAGUCGUUCGUAUCACGUGAACAAUUUUUUUUUUUAUUAACUAUCAUUAUUUUUCGUGUUUUAAAACCAACCAGCCGGUGGCUGUUGUUUGACAGCGCAUCGUCAUUAUCGUUGUAACUACGGAAAAACGAUCCAAUAACCAUAAUUUUAUACUGAGUGGUGGAUAUCAUCCCUUACAUUACGAUACGAUUGAAAUUGGACGCACAAUAGGACGAGAUAUACUCAUUCUUGAGACAUGACUUGUGGCAUAGAAUGUAUCGACAAAUGGCUGACGAAAGCAUUUUACAGACUUGGCCUAGUGGUCGCCAAACAUCCCGGGUACUUUCUUAUGGUGCCUGUAUUUUUGACAGCCAUCUGUAUCACCGGAUUUCAACGAGUAAAAUUCGAAAUCGAUCCUGAAUAUUUGUUCAGUCCCGAACAUGGACCUGGCAAGACAGAGCGAGCGAUCGUCGAGAGCCAUUUUAAGAUGAACUAUUCGUCACUUUUUAAUCCGACGCGGAUCACUAGACCAGGUCGAUUUGGUCGAGUAAUCGUUAUACCUAAACAAGGUGACACUAUGUUAUCAGUUGAAAUAUGGAAAGAAUUACGAAUACUUGACGAUAUUAUCAAAAAUACUUCGAUCACUUGGGGUCCAGAAAACACUGCAUAUAAGUAUGAUGAUAUAUGUGCUCGGUGGAUAGACCAGUGUUUUCCGAAUGACAUCUUAAAUCUAGACUACGUGAUGAACGAUGUAGUCAAUGGCAGCUUGAAGCUGACGUUUCCUAUCAUGUUCAAUCCAGUUACGUGGGACGCACAUACGUUUCCUGUUUACUUCGGCGGCACUGAAAUAGAUGAAGAUGGAUUGAUUACAAGAGUACCAGCGUUACAACUAGUUUAUUUCUUAACAGCUGAUACUAAGGCACAAGACGAAAGGGGUUCGGUGUGGGAAGAGGCGUUCUUGGACGCGGUUGGCAAGGCCGAAGACUCCGGACGAUUUCGUUACAUAUCCACCGCGCGUUUUGGGUCCAGAACGUUGGACAUCGAGCUGGAGAACAACACCAGAACGGUGGUACCAUACUUCUCAUCUGCAUUCAUCUUGAUGGCUGUCUUCUCCGUGGUGACGUGCAUGAUGACCGACUGGGUGCGUAGCAAACCCUUACUCGGACUCAUGGGCAACGUGUCCGCCGCAAUGGCCACGAUCGCCGCGUUCGGUUUUGCCGUUUAUAUAGGAAUACCGUUCAUCGGCAUUAACUUCGUGUCACCGUUUCUAAUGUGCAGCAUAGGUAUCGACGACACGUUCGUCAUGUUAGCCGCGUGGCGACGAACUCCCGUCACCAUGGACGUGCCCGAAAGAUUGGCGAGAACGCUGUCCGACGCCGCCGUAUCGAUUACCAUCACUUCGGUCACGGACAUAGUGAGCUUCUGCAUCGGAAAAUUCAGCCCGUUCCCAGCCAUACAAAUUUUCUGUUUGUAUUCCGGAUUUGCCGUUUGCUUUAUAUUCGUAUGGCACCUGACGUUCUUUUCCGCGUGCAUGGCCAUCGCCGGAUACGCAGAACACAAUAACCGUCACUCCAUCACGUGCGUUAAAGUCAAACCGGUGUCGAUGUCAGACAAAGAAUCCUGGUUGUACAGAGUGUUCUGUACGGGCGGAGUGAACCCUAAGGACCCCGGAAAUCCUCGGGAUAACCCAGACAACGCGAUAAUGGUUUGGUGCAGGGACAGUCUAGGAUGGGCGUUGAACCAAUGGUAUGUGAAGAUAAUGGUGCUCUUGGUGUUCGCCGGAUACUUGGCGGGCGCACUGUACGGAACCACCACCAUCCAAGAAGGACUGCAGAGGAGAAAACUGUCCAAGGCCGACUCGUACUCCAUCGAGUUCUACGACAGAGACGAUUUUUAUUUCAGAGAAUUCCCGUAUAGAAUCCAGGUAAUAAUUUCCGGCGAAUUGGACUAUUGGGAUGUGGACGUACAAAACCAGAUAGAGAACUUGACCAAAACUUUCGAGAAUUCGUCGUUCAUAUCUAGUCCACUGUACACCGAAUCUUGGGUGCGAUCGUUUGUGAAUUACGUAAAUCGAAACCAAGAGGAACUCAACGUGACCAUCGAUACACGUGAAACGUUUUUACAGACACUGAACGACUUGUGGCUGUUCAAACCGAAUCCAUUCUCGUUGGAUGUAAAGUUUAACGACGACGGUACCAAAAUCGUGGCUUCUCGAUUCAUGAUACAGGCGGUAAAUAUUAGCGACGGGAACAUGGAGAAAGAUAUGGUGAGAGAACUACGGAAAAUCGCACACGACUCUCCAUUAAAUGUUAGCGUUUUCCAUCCUUACUUCGUAUUUUUCGAUCAGUUCGAACUCGUCAGGCCCACGUCGAUCCAAUCCAUGGUGGUAGGCGGAGCGACUAUGAUGCUGAUCUCGUUCCUGUUCAUACCAAACGUGCUGUGCUCCCUGUGGGUGGCCUUCUCGAUCGUGUCCAUCGAAUUGGGCGUGGUCGGCUACAUGGCCCUGUGGGACGUCAACCUGGACACGAUAUCGAUGGUGAACCUGAUCAUGUGCAUCGGGUUCUCGGUGGACUUCACCGCGCACAUAUGCUACGCGUACAUGUCGUCCGAGGCCACGCGUCCCGCGGAACGGGUCCGCGAGAGCCUGUACGCGCUGGGCCUGCCGAUCAUCCAAGGCGCGGUCAGCACGGUGCUGGGCGUGUCGGCCCUGAUACUGGCCGGCAGCUACAUAUUCAUGGUGUUCUUCAAGAUGAUCUUCCUGGUGAUCGUGUUCGGCGCCCUGCACGGCAUGAUCCUGCUGCCGGUGCUCCUGUCGCUGUUCGGUCCGGGCGCGUGCUGCGGCGGCGGCCGGUCGUCGCGGAAAGCUCGUCACCCGUCCACCGCCGCUCUGGACGACUGCAGCAAGUCGUCGGCGCAGCAGCUGCAUCACGGCGGCUACAACAACAAUGGCGGCGCUGGCCGCGGACCGUACUGCAUACCGCACCCGUCGCUGUUGCAGCCCGACUUUGGCGAGGCGGACAGGCGGUACCGCGGGGGCAAGCCGUACGCCGCCAACCCGAGGCCGGACAAGGACAUGGGCCUGGGCACGUCGGAGGAGUCGAGCGAGAGCAGUUCGUCGAGGUCGCAGCGGCGCCGGCUUAGGGAGGCGGCGGAAGACGAGGCGCAGCGCCGCAAGUACCUGGACGGUUGGCGGAAGGCCACGGGCCAUUCGAUGCCGAUGACGGCCGCGAGACCCGCGGGUUACGGUCCGCCAGCCGCCAACGACACGGCCGCCACCGGUUACGGUCAACCGCGGCAUUCCGACGGCUACUACAACGGCGGUCGGCCGGCGGGCUACCAUCGCGACGAACGGCCGUACAGAAACGACGGCCGAUAUCAUUAGGACUCGCGGGCGUCUAUAGUCGUUUACAUCUGCAACGACGGUGUGCGGUCCGACGCGUUCGGUAUUUCCUAGUACGACUCCGAGCCAAUUGACGUGUGUGUGUAUAUGAUUUAACGUUGCCAGUGAUUUCUCUUGCUCGUAAUAAUAUUAAUAUAAAAUAUUUUAUUUUCGUACGACGAGAAAGACGUAAUAUUAUUAUAGUACUAUAAUAUUAUUCUAAACAAAUCAAAUAAUCAAAUAAUAGCUGAUUUUCGUUUAUAUAUUUAUGAACGAAUUAUGUUCUCGUAGUCAUUAUUGUUUUUUUUUUUCCAAUUGCUCAAAAUUAAAAUUAAAAAAUAAUAUCGAAACCUAUCGCAGCUAGGUAGGCGGUAUGAACAAAUAUACGAAUGGUAUUAUAAUGAUCAGUUAGGUAUAUUUUGUUAAAAUUAAUUUUAAGGCACAUUGUGUGGAUGUUACCUACAAUUAGUGUUUAAGUUUGACAUAUUAUAUUUUUUAUGUUUUAUUAUUAUUUUAUUUUGUAAACAUUGUAUUAAAAUAAAAAUUGUAUUCGUGAAAACUAUCUAUAA